GGAAAUGGAGUGUUGCUGUGGUUUGGAGUUGUUAAAAGUGUGACAUUGGCCUGGUGCAGUCAACGAAAACAAUGUUGCAUGGUCUGAUAUCCAGCCGGCGUGUUGUGUCUCACUGGCAUUGCUUACAGCAGUGUCGAAACGUUGCAUCGAUAACCACUGUCAAGGUUAGUUCCGCAUUUUUGUCAUAUUCAUACUAUUUUGGGUUCAGUGUCAAUAUAAUAGCUCACAUGAUUAGCAGCGGUAUAAUCUAUGAGUGGCAGCAUUACUCUCAGGUCGAAGGCUUGUCUUACUUGUGAGGUGUUGCUGGACUUUAGGCAAUGACAUGGUAACGACCGUGCUCGGUUGUAUCAACCCUGUAGAUGUAUGCCAUUUACCAGGCGCUCAUAACAUUGUAUAAAUAAGAUAACCAGUGCAAACGGGGAUAUUUGUGUCGAGCUUUACAAACUUAUGUUUAUCCUGUUUAUGACUACACAUUAAAACGAACUCUAUAUGCAGUAAAAUCCCGAAAAUAUCGAGAGCUUUUUGGCUUCAAAUCCAUAUACAGGUGGUAGGCGGAACCAAGUUGUCCGUAGUAUAUACAGUCUAUGGUAUUACCACAGAAAGUUCAGAGGAGAAAAGGGAUGUUGCAUUGGCCGGGAAUCGAACCCUGGCCUCAGGCGAGAAUUCUACCACUGAACCACCAAUGCGAAUCUAUGUGAUAUAUAUCUAGGACAAUGGCAGAUUAUAGUGGUUAAAAGUGCAUUACAUCUAUGUUCAUUUGGCACUACCAUAGAGAAUGUCUGCGGGGCCGUUUAGCUAAACGACCCUAAACCGUUUCCAAUUCAUUCUCUAUGGUAGUGCGAAAUCACUACGGUUGCAAUAUACUUUUGGCCUCUAUCUAUACUGGUUUUGUAUUACAACAGAGAAUAAAUGGGAAUCGGUUUAGGGCCAACGAGAAAAACAAUUCGGAGUCGACUGUUGUUUAGGCCCUUUAUUGCAUCGUCAUUUUCUCCGAAAUUCCUGGCAGAUGUAUUUGACAACCCUCUAUUAGCAUAAAAGUCAUUUUCGUUGUAAAAAUAGCACAUUUUAUAAACAAUACACGAGGACACCAGAAAGCUGAAUUUAAAGAGAAGUCCAAAUGAGUGAAUACUAAAAUGAUAAUGAAAGUAUCCGUUAACAUUAUAGAUAUCUACAUUAAAUUGCUUUGAAUGAUCAUUUUGUCAUUAUCUGCAAUCAUACAAAAUGUAUUUUUUUAUUUCAUGUAUCAUAUCUAUUCUUUUUGUCCUAAUAGUCAUCUACCAAAGUUCUGAAAUGAUUUUCCCCAGAAAUGAUCCUGCCACUUUUAACCAAGAUUGGGCUUCUCUCUUAGGAUAACUUAAGAUAAAGGCUAAGGAAUCGGUGUAGAGUUCAAUUCAAGAGUACAGGGUUAUAUUUUACCACUUACUCCUACUCUCCGGGGAUGACUCAUUCUCCUUCAUCACUGUGUGUGUGUGUGUGUGUGUGUGUGUGUGUGUGUGUGUGUGUGUGUGUGUGUGUGUGUGUAAUUGCAUAGAGUGGUGCUUUGGACGAUGUGAUUUCUGCAUUCAGGUCUAUAUGUGGUGAGGACUACGUCUCGUUGAGUGAUGCUGUCAGGGAGCAACAUGGCAAAGAUGAGUCUAUGCACAGGUCAGUUUCUCCUGAUGUUACACAGACAUGUAAUUCAAACUGCAGUGAGGGUAAAUCUAGAGGCAGUGCAUCUGUCUUUGAAUAAAGCAGCUGGAAGUUGGAGUGGACGCCUUGUUUUAGAGGGCAUGGGUAUGGCUUAUUUCAUUGCAAGUAAACACAAAAUAAUAUUAGGAUUUUGGUGACUACAAUGAACUUAGUAAAAUGUGGUAUUUCGUAUAAACAAGGAAUAGCUCGCAUGAAUAUCCUGCUGUUAAGUUGUUUCUACUCGAAAGCUUGUCCAUGAAUCAAAGUACAGCACAUGAAUCUUUGAAUACACAUUCAGUCUGUGGAGAACUUGUGAGACAGCUGUCUCUGUUAGUCUCUGUUGACAAAGACUCCAUGCUGGAGAGGAUUUCAAACUCUUCAAAAAAGAUGCAAUCAGACCGGGAUGCUAAGGCAGAAGAACUACCGCGUCUGCAGUGCAAAAUGAUUAUUGUGAUAAUUAUUAUUUCAUGGAAAUGAUCGCAUUUCCAUGAAAUAAUAAUCAUACAUUUUCUUCCUUGAGCUGCAGAACUCCACUGCACUCAGUGAUCGACUCAUCAGGGCUCCCCCACAAACAAGUGGCAGCUGGAAGAGAGUGGGUGAGUUGUGUUUGGUCUCUUAGCCAAAGAAAUCAGGCAGUUAAAAAGAUGUUUGAUGGCUACUAUGUGUUGGGACCCUAUAUGUACUGUUGAAGUAAGGUGCUGUUCUGAGCAUUAUUUGUGGCUAUAGAGUGGCUUUUUGGUUGAGGUUUGCGCAUGGAGACAUGGGCCAUUGUGUAUUGCUAUCGUGCGGUCUUAGCUGAAGUUGGUGUAACUAGAGAAGCAAGCGGCAAUUCAUUUCUCGAGGGGGUUUCUUUUUUGUCCAUGACUUAAACUUACGCUGGAAUUUCCCUUUAAUCAAACUUAGAUAUUGAUAGUCAUAACUCUUUUAUACCAGCAGAAGGCACCAGAAGAGCGAGCAACCCCAUGUUACAGUGUCAGUUAAAUGUAGUGGCAGAGUCAGCCUUUUUUGACUGGAGUGGCCAGACCGGGGCUCAUGGCUCAAGGACUUUGGGAGGCAGGGCCUGAUGAUUUUAUUUAUAUUUUCUUAAAAAGGGCUGUCAAUCUCUAUAGAAUACUGGCAGAACACACACAUGCACACACACACACACACACUCAAGGGAAAAAGGGACAUCCUGGAUUGUAUCCUUUUAGCUUGGAGGCGUAUAUGAAUGAUGCUCCAGUGGAAAUGUAUAGAUGAAAAAGGAGUGUUGCUUUACUGCUUUUCAGAUGUCGACCCCCAAAUGUGGUGGUGUUUCCACAUUGUGUGGAGGAGGUAAGCGCCUUGGCCAAACUCUGUUACAGCCAUAACCUUCCCAUCAUCCCAUUUGGCACUGGAACUGGCUUGGAAGGAGGGGUUGGAGCAGUCAAGGUAGAUGGAGGACAAUUUUACAUUUUUUUUACAACUGAAUCGCAGUCCAACUCUCUACAUUUCUUAUCUCUAUCUGUGCUACAUUAUUCUGAGAAAAAUCAUGUUGAUCAUGUCUAAAAGUACAAAUAAAUUAACUGUAAGUAUGAAACAUGAAUGUCACUAUUUACCAGAAACACUGGAACUGUCUGUAUAGAGGUGGUAUGUAUCAUAAGUCCAAAAAUGUCUGCCCUGUGUCCUCAGGGGGGUGUUUGCUUCAGUCUAAGAAACAUGGACCAGGUUCUUGAUCUCCACCAGGAAGAUUUUGAUGUAACAGUGGAGCCUGGGGUGACACGGAAAGCCCUGAAUGCCUACCUGCGUGAGACUGGCCUUUGGUUUCCUGUGGGUAUGUGAAAUUCAUUUUCAGUUGCAUCUUUAGAAAGUAAUCUGCUAAUUACAGUGGAAACACUGGAUUUGUGUAGCGCAAGGGGACUCCUUUAUUUUGCAUCUUGUCAGCCUGGCUGAUCUUGUACUGACCAUCAACAAGCCACUUUGCACAUUCACAUGGUUAUUGUUUGAGAGUAAAAAACAAUAUAUUGAAAUAUCUUUCAAUAUUGCCUUUGAAUUGAUGUGGGAGUCUACGUCAUCAAUAUCUAUACAUUUUCAGUGUCUCUGAAUGUGCUCUAAAGAUGUGUCCUAACCCCAUUUUAGUCAUGCCAAAGAGAAAAGAUGCAUGUCAUAAUGGAGCCAAAAUGAUGUAUUUUGGGUGUGUUGUGAGUUCAGUCAUUUUGUGGUGGGUACAUUUUGUUGUAGAUACAGUACUUAAAAAACUAAGUGUGGAUUAAGGACUAAGGUAAAGUCCAGGGUGAUACAUUCUCAAAUCAUUAUUGGAAAGGUUAAGAAGAGUGCAUUGUAGACAACACAAAGGUGUGAAAAUACAUUUUCAUUUGGUGUGUUUUGCUUUCUUAGAUCCUGGGGCUGAUGCAUCGCUGUGCGGCAUGGCUGCCACCAGUGCAUCUGGUACCAACGCAGUGCGUUAUGGCACAAUGAGGGAAAAUGUAUUAAACCUGGAGGUUGUGAUGGCUGACGGGACCGUCAUACACACAGCAGGAAAGGGCAGACGUCCUAGGUACAUAUCAACAAUGUGCACCCACAAAUGCGCAAUCUGACCUUCUCAGCUUGAAUGCAUUUCUUUUCUAUCUUUAUCAAUGUCUAGGAAAACAUCAGCAGGAUACAAUCUAACCAACUUGUUUGUUGGGUCAGAAGGCACACUGGGGAUCAUUACCAAGACUACUUUACGCCUGUAUGGUGUCCCAGAGGCCAUGGUGUCUGCCGUCUGCUCUUUUCCCUCUGUCCAGGCCGCUGUAGACAGCACGGUGCAGAUCCUACAGGCUGGAGUUCCCAUAGCUCGCAUUGGUAAGGAGGCACACUUGAAAGAGAUGACUGUGCAGCUCUGAGUCUAUAGCUAGUUUCUGGCUGUUUUAUGUUAAUAAUUUGGAGUGGUUGUAAAACUUUGAAUAACACCCAAGUGCAGCUUUGACCAGAAAGAAAUGACAACCAGAAAACACUGCUAAUAUGUCUACACCGGCAGAGUUUGCAGAUUAGGAAGUUCAGUCAAGCUUCAAUGUAAACAAUAUAAAGUAUGUGUCAAUGCAAAUGGGGAAAAUGAUCAUGUAAAGGGAUAAAAUUCACCAAUGGUUGCUCUGGUUGAAGAUAUGAAUUCAUGAGCUCUUAGUUACAGCAGUUAAUUCCUCCAGUUCAUGUUUGUUUUGGUGUUUUUCCGCCUCUGCAUCUGACUUUGCUGGUCUGCACACUCUCACCUCAGACAGCUUUGAGGCAGCCAAUCAGCAUGAAACCACCCAAAUCCCAGCACAGAUAUCAGUCUGUUAAAAAACUGAGAGGCCAGAGGCUUUUUUAAGCUGAAUUUAAUAAAUGCUUAAAAGAAGAACCAGUGCACGCUUUAAACAGCCAAAAUAAGACCAUUUGAGAACUUUUUCAGUGUUGAUGUGCAUCAGCUACAAAUAAAGCAUCUUUCUGACACAGCUUACUUUAACAUAGGAGAUUAUCAUUUUAUCUGUAACCAAUACUCCUUUACAGCUAAACUCUUGAAUCUUUAGUGGUCACAUGUUGAUGUUUGACUUUGCUAAAGGAAGUAUGUUACAAUAAAGACAUGCAGUUGGAUCCUAUCCCCUUCCCUCAGAGACGUAUGAACAGAACAUGGACCAUAAUUUGAGCUAAUGAAGUCAAACUGUGUACUGGUGAACAUGUUCAAAGUUGCAGACAUCUCUCCAGAUUAUAUCUUUGAUAGUUUGCCUCUUUCCUCACAGUAUGUUGUCGAGUGAAGAGGCAAUUAAAUAUAAACCAACUGUUGUCUUAUCUUUAGGCUGCUGAGAAUAGUCUGACCCACAUAUCGAGCUCAACACCGUGAAAUCACGAGAGAAAUGAGACUUCAUUGAUCCCUUAGAAAAAACUGAGCAGGAGGGUUGGAGAAAUCUGAAAAUUAAAAAUGAGAAAAUGUAUCAUGAAUUCAAGCUUUGAAAAAAGAAUCUGUGUUAAUUAUUCAUAGUUAGAAAGCAUCUGCUGAUCUUCAAGCAAAAAGUUCACAGACUGAUGUAUUUGGAUGUAUUGCCCAUUAGUCUUUGUUUUGUGUUAUCCAGAGUUCCUGGAUGAUGUGAUGAUUGAUGCUUGUAACAGAUUCAGCUCCCUGUCCUACCCUGUGACCCCAACUCUGUUCCUGGAGUUCCACGGCUCAGAGAAAAGCCUCGAGGAGCAAGUCAGCACAACAGGUGAGUGAGGUUGCAAAACAAAAACAAAAGAAAGUCCCUAUUACUGAAGUUUCAUAUUGUCCUCCAUGUUUUGGAUGUUUCCCUGCUCCAACACACCUAAUUCAAAUGAUCAGCUCGUUAUUAAGCCAUUACAGAGCUUGAUAACGAGCUAAUCAUUUGAAUCAGGUGUGUUGGAGCAGGGAAACAUCCAAAACAUGCAGGACAGUGGGCCUUGAGGACUGGACUUGAGGACCACUGAUCUAGAUGAAGGGGACCGUCACACCUGAAAAAAGGUUUGUUCAGGGAUAUUCUGCGUUGCCAGGCUGAUUUAGCUGAAGCCUCGCUUGUUGCUACCAAGUAAGCAGCUGAUCUAAUAUUUGUCUAAAGCUGUCUCAGAUGCCUUUGUCAUCACUUUAUUUACAUUUUUGAAACAGUGACGGUGAAAUUUAGUGUAAAAGCCUUACGAGACCCAAUGGACCUGCAAUCCUCUAUAACUCAGAAGAAUUCAGAGUAUUCUUCUGAAUUAUCUGGGUACAUUCCAGAUAUAUUCUCCUGUAAGAGGCAAAAUUACUUAAUAUUAUUAAAAACUAGUGUUAACCUUAACAUGACAAGAAUUUUUCCAUCUGUGUGAUUCUGCAGAGGAAAUCACUCAAAGUAAUGGUGGUGCAGAUUUUAAGUGGGCCACAGAUACUGAAGAAAGGAACCGAUUGUGGAAAGCUCGUCACGACGCCUGGUAUGCCGCCCUGGCUCUGCAACCUGGCUGCAAGGUAAAGACUAUCGUUGACACUAAAAACUGUGGUAAAAUUAACAUACAACGUACAAGCUAAAACAAAACAAAAUUAGGAGCCAAGAAUCAAGAUGAUGUUAGGUUACACAAGAACAAUCAUAUUAUAGCACUUACGUAGGAGGCUCUGUCUUACAAAGAUAUAUACACUCACCGGCCACUUUAUUAGGUACACCUGUCCAACUGCUCGUUAACACUUAAUUUCUAAUCAGCCAAUCACAUGGCGGCAACUUAGUGCAUUUAGGCAUGUAGACAUGGUCAAGACAAUCUCCUGCAGUUCAAACCGAGCAUCAGUAUGGGGAAGAAAGGUGAUUUGAGUGACUUUGAACGUGGCAUGGUUGUUGGUGCCAGAAGGGCUGGUCUGAGUAUUUCAGAAACUGCUGAUCUACUGGGAUUUUCACGCACAACCAUGUCUAGGGUUUACAGAGAAUGGUCCGAAAAAGAAAAAAUAUCCAGUGAGCGGCAGUUCUGUGGGCGGAAAUGCCUUGUUGAUGCCAGAGGUCAGAGGAGAAUGGCCAGACUGGUUCGAGCUGAUAGAAAGGCAACAGUGACUCAAAUAACCACCCGUUACAACCAAGGUAGGCAGAAGAGCAUCUCUGAAUGCACAGUACGUCGAACUUUGAGGCAGAUGGGCUAUAGCAGCAGAAGACCACGCCGGGUGCCACUCCUUUCAGCUAAGAACAGGAAACUGAGGCUACAAUUUGCACAAGCUCAUCGAAAUUGGACAAUAGAAGAUUGGAAAAACGUUGCCUGGUCUGAUGAGUCUCGAUUUCUGCUGCGACAUUCGGAUGGUAGGGUCAGAAUUUGGCGUCAACAACAUGAAAGCAUGGAUCCAUCCUGCCUUGUAUCAACGGUUCAGGCUGGUGGUGGUGGUGUCAUGGUGUGGGGAAUAUUUUCUUGGCACUCUUUGGGCCCCUUGGUACCAAUUGAGCAUCGUUGCAACGCCACAGCCUACCUGAGUAUUGUUGCUGACCAUGUCCAUCCCUUUAUGACCACAAUGUACCCAACUUCUGAUGGCUACUUUCAGCAGGAUAAUGUGCCAUGUCAUAAAGCUGGAAUCAUCUCAGACUGGUUUCUUGAACAUGACAAUGAGUUCACUGUACUCAAAUGGCCUCCACAGUCACCAGAUCUCAAGCCAAUAGAGCAUCUUUGGGAUGUGGUGGAACGGGAGAUUCGCAUCAUGGAUGUGCAGCCGACAAAUCUGCGGCAACUGUGUGAUGCCAUCAUGUCAAUAUGGACCAAGCUUUCUGAGGAAUGCUUCCAGCACCUUGUUGAAUCUAUGCCACGAAGAAUUGAGGCAGUUCUGACGGCAAAAGGGGGUCCAACCCGUUACUAGCAUGGUGUACCUAAUAAAGUGGCCGGUGAGUGUAUAUGCAUAUAUAUUAAAUAUCACAGAAAUUUACAUUCACUUCAUGGACAAACGCCAUGCAGGAGUCUCAUGGCCCGUCUUUCAAGAGUUUUAUGCUCUGGUGUGAAAAGAAAAAAAGAAAAACACACUUGGUCUGCCUAUGUGUGCUAUGUAGCCACCUGUAACUCCAACUCAGGACAGCAGGAUGUAAAGGCUGUUGUGUGGGUAUGCUCAGUCUUUGAUGACCCGCAAGAACUGCUGAAGGACUGCUCAAGCAGAAACCUCUGGUCUUAAGAAAAGAAGCAGAAGUGGUAAAAACUGCACUCAGAGCUGGCAGCUAAAGUACCAGAGGCCACACACUCAUUCAAAAAAGAAAAAAAAAAACAUCCUUAAAAGAGAGAAAAUACACUCGUAGAACAGGGAGAAGAGGGAUUGGCUUCACCUCUUUGCCGCUUGCUUAGUUGGUUCAAAGCUAAAUUGAGUCAGCAUUUGCAAAAUGGCAGCUGCUGUCAAUAGGCUUCAAACUCUACUCCAGAGAUGAAUGAGUGACGACACCCGGACUGCACUUAUUUUUAAUGCAGGCUAGCUUCUGCUGUCUUAGCAGCUCAUAUCAUCCUCUUCAGUCAAAAAAGGUUUAGUGCACACACAUCCAAAAGUUUCAACAUGUGCCAGAUCAAGAAUCAAAGGCAAGAAUCUUAAAAGGAUCUACAAAUAGUACAAACAGCUCACAUUUGAUUGAGAAUACACAUUUUUGAUCUUAUGGAUCUUAUUCAGGAAAUGGGUGAUGAUGUCUCCAAACCAUUAGAUAAGACAACUCCAGGUCAACAUUCCUAAAAGGUUCCAUAGCUGAACCUAAAGUGGAAGAAAUUAGAUCCAAAAGAGAGUCACUGCUGUUGCAAACUUCAAAUUCUGUAGCUCAAAUGUGUUUCAUCCACAAAUAUUUCAUUUUAGUGAAUGAAAACAUAACUCAACCCAAAAAACAUAAUCCAGAUGUUUUUACUCAGCACUGGCAUGAGUUACAUCCACAUAUAUAGUUUAUGUGUGAUUGAAUUAGCCACCCUGCCAUCCGAGGAGGGUAGUGUGGCAUUGAUACAGCAAGAAGAAACAGAAAAUCUGCAUUUAACAAAAUCUUUAUUACAUUUAAGGACAGUCUGAGCUUGUUUACUGGGCCACACAUAAUCUUAAAUUGAUAUGAGGUAGUCGUGAAAAAGGAUCCUUGACUAAGAUAGAUGUUAGUCCGUUCAGCAGAACACCCCUUUGUUCAGCUUUGACUCAAUACCUCUGGAGGUCAGGGUUCAGGGUCACUGGUUGCUGCUGUUAAAUUAUGUUGCCUUUUUAACAGUGAACAACACUGUGGUUUAACACUCCUCUGGCUUUGUUUUAUGUCUCACUUUAUUCAUGUUUUAAAUCUUACUGAUGCUCCAAAACAAACACUUGAAGCUCUUCCAACAUUGUGACCUUAUCUUCUCCUCUGUGUGUGUGUGUGUGUGUGCGUGCGUGUGCUGCAUGUGUGUGUUCCCCUGGUAGGCCUAUGCUACAGAUGUGUGUGUUCCUCUGUCUCGGCUGCCUCAAAUCAUUGUGGAGACAAAGGAGGACCUGAUCCAGAACAAACUUACAGGUGAGACAGUGGAGUAGUGUCGUACAGACGACUCGCUUGAUAUCUCAGUUAAGUUUUCUCCACAUUCAUAUUGAGUUUCUUAUUGGAAGAAGGCAGAAUUCAAGAUUUCAUUUUCCUGUCCGUAGCAGAUAGUCAUGUUUUUGACAGAAUUUAGUUCAGAACAGAGUCGAGUAUGAUGUUUGAUCAUUUGAUUUUAAAGAAAAGGGCUUCACAUUACAUCCUGAAACUUUAAUCAUUGUUUCUUCAGGUCCCAUAGCAGGCCAUGUGGGUGAUGGUAACUUCCACUGCCUGGUAGUGUUGGACCCCAAUGACCAGGAGGAGCAGCACAGGGUCCACCUGUUCACUGAGAGACUGGCCAGGUAUCGUGUCUUAGAACCUCUCACCUUUCUUUCUCUUUGACACUUUGACACAGUGCAACUCAGAAAGUUGUCAGGCUGUGUUUUUUGGGUCCAGUAUUUAAAUUUAGGCCCUGACAUUACACAUUUUGGGCUCUCAGUUAGUAACAGACACAAACGUAUGAAACCAGUACAGUAGAUCACUCAAUCCGAGCGGUAACAGGCUGCAUUAUCAUCUCUAUGGGCGCAGGCUCCUAAACAACUACAUCUAGAAGUUUUGCCAUUGACAAGCUCAGGUGGUACAUGUACCACACAGAACCAGGAUUUGGUGGUCUACAGUUGCUGUUAGGCAUGUUUGUGUUUUAAAGUAACAUUGCUGUUGAUUGGAGUGGUUGGUCUAACCGCAUCUUCAGCAUUGCACACUUAUCCCUCCUCUCAGUCAGCUGAUAAUCAUGUGAUUGCGUUGAAUAUUAAACUACAAAUGGUGCGCAAAUUCUCCAAAUUCUCAUCAAAGCUUGUAAAGACAGUGGUCAGUACCAGGGUUAGUCACAGGUCUCGGGGGUGUUGCACAGGGGGCGUGCUGGAAAAAGUCACAUAUAGGCCACGUUCACACUGAAGGUUAUGAUUUUUUGUUAAAUCCGAUCUUUUUGGAAAAUGAAUGCAGCAUCUAAUGUGAACGGAAUGCGUCUGUGAAGUGACCCGCAUGCGCACAAAGCACAAAUUGCUUUCCGCGCCUGUUUGUGUCGUCAAACAAUGGUGAUGUUUGUCGCAUAUUGGUGACGAAUAGGUCGGAUGAACGCGACCUGAGCGUCCACACUGCAGUCACAUCUGAUCCAUAUCCGAUUUAUAUCCACAUACAAAAGAGGCCUGGGUUGGAUUUGAAAAAAUCAAAAUUUCACUGUUCACAUUUUCAUGAAAAAAUCUGAUGUGUCACAUAUGGUUAAAAAAUCGGAAUGUACCUGCAGUGUGAACAUAGCCAUAGAGAGAAGGUGACAAUAGCUAGUCGGUGAGAGUGUUAAACCACAUAAAAACAUUAUUUAGUAUGGGUUUUGAUUUAAGCUUGAAAUGGCACAUGUUCAAGUUUACAAGCCUCAUGAGAGUGCAAGAGUGGGAAUCUAUUAAAUGAUAAUGGGCUUUGCAUGUGGCCACCAUUAGUGCAGGAAUAAGUGUCUGUUACAUGGUUAAUGUGGCGUGUGUUGUAAAAAUCCCCCCGAGUGGUUGGAAAACUAGUUCUGCAAAAACAUAUUCCAUUCACUGUUUUACCAUUCACCUCUCUAAAAGUGUCUAACUUCAUACCGUUGUUUCAUUGUAACAGAAGGAAAUCAAAAAACUAGUUGGAAAGACAGAAUCCACUACUAGCUUGACCUCAGAUUUGUAGAGGUAAUCAUACUGUAUCAGUUACAUGUUAUGAAAUAAAGUCACUUUCUUCUCUUUAGGCGAGCUCUGGCCAUGGAUGGAACGUGUACAGGGGAGCACGGCGUGGGAUUAGGGAAGAGAGCGCUGCUUUGUGAGGAGAUGGGCCCCAUGGCUAUCCAGGUCAUGCAAGGACUGAAGGAUACCCUCGACCCAAAAAACCUGAUGAAUCCUGGGAAAAUUCUGCUGCCCGCAGAACUAUAAAAAGUCUUAAUGUUCGAGGUGAAAGUCAAUGAACACAGUAAGCCUUCUAUCAUGAUCUGCUGCGUCUUUAUCACUCGAUCAGACACAGAUGUCAGGAGGAAAUCUCGAAAUAGCACACUUCCCACAGUGUUUCUAUUUAAACAGGCCUUCCAGUGCAGCUCUAACAGGCAACAGUAAUUCAAACAUUAGUACAAGCCAAUAGCUUCUCAAUAGGAGGACAAACAAGGUUAUUUAAUGUGAAAUGUAUUGUGGCAGAAAAUCAUUGCCAUGCUGCAAAACACUGCACAGUACAUGCAGUUCAUGCUUGAGUUUGAGGACUGUUUUUCUUGUUUGACCUGCUCCAAAGCCUGUUCCAUGUCAAAGUGCGGUAAAAACAAACAAAAAUCACUAUCACUACGCACUGUUGCAGUUUUUGUUUUUUUGUACAGGAAAUGUAAAAAUGAGGCAUUGUGUUGAAUCAAAACCCCUUUUUUGUCUCUGCAUACACUGAUGGCUGAUUAUUUAUUUUACUAAUAAAAUAAAAAAAUAUCAAAACUGUCAUCUUUGAACCACUUUUUUUUUUUUAAUUCAUUUUAAUUUAAAUCUAUUGGAUAAAACUUGCCAGUAGUCACCAGCUUUGCUAAGGUUCACAACAUAAUUUAUACAAAACAAGUAUCUCUGCACAACAUCUUGAAUACUUGGUAUGGGGGUGGAUCUCAGACCUCUUCAGUAAGGUUAAAGUGGGCUGGUAGAGAGCUGAUUAGAUCCUCCUAGUCCUUUAAAGAAGUUUGCGAAGCUGAGCUGAGUUAACUACAGAAGGAGGGAGUAAUGCUCAGCUCCACCACAGCGCGUCAGCAGUACUCACAUCCCCCCAGCCCUGUGAGACAAACAUGCAGUGUCUUUGUCAUGUAAAUAAUUAAACUGCUGUUAGCGUAUUUCUGCUUCAAUAAAUCAUGAUAUGUAUUCUU